AUGAUCGGCCUACGACACGCAUUCGUUUGCAGCACUCUGCUGCUGGGCGCGUUCAGUUCACCUGCGCACAGCCAGCCAGACGAUCAAUCACUAUACAACUGGGACGCCUUCUCAUCGUUGCUGGACGCCGUCGAUCCCGCCGCACUGCACUCUGUCCUGCACUCGCUGUCGCCCAAGUUCCAGGAUGGUGUCUUCAGCAAGGACCGUGCGGCGAUCGAGCACGUUCACUCUGAAAACCCAAUCAUCGCCAGCAAGCUUGUACAUCUGGCAAAGAAGAGGCAGGCCAGCAAUUCAACCACUACGUCAACAGUGACACCCUCGACUCCUGCUCAAAGCAGUGCUGCCUCAGAAUCAAGCUCUCGCGCGGCUAGCGUAUCCUCCAUCCUCUCCUCGGCGAUUUUCGCGUCUACCGUUCCCGCAGCUACCACCGUGACGGUACCUCCGACCACUCCGCCCUCCGCUACACCUGUCUCGACAGAUAAUGGCGCGGUGGUGUUCAGUACCUAUGGCGGAGGUCUGGUGACACUCACAUCGUCGGCACUGAGUGUGCACUUCACUCCUAGCACAUCCACCCAUCUAUUCUACACGACUUUACCCGAUGGCACCGUACGCACGUCGACGUCAGUUGUUGUGGUCAAUGCUCCAGUUACGGACACUGGUGACGCAACGGGAGCAGCGGGUGCCGCGGCGACCACGGGGAGCGACCCCGGACUGCAGAAUGUCGGCUCCUCCAUCAAAGUUGGAGGUGUCUUUGCGGUGCUCGCUGGCCUAGGUGGCUGCCUCUUCUUUGCCUUAUAA